AUGCAUAUCUCUUAUUUUGUUGGUUUCCUUGGAGCCAUUGGGACAACGCUCGCACUCCCAGUCUCCAACAAUGACCAGCUAGAUUCGGCCCCUCAAGAUGUUGAGAAGCGUUUCUACUACACCCACUAUGUGGCUCCCGAGAAGCGCGACGAGAACCUUGAGAAACGUUUCUACUACACCCACUAUGUGGCCCCCGAGAAGCGUGACGAGAACCUUGAGAAGCGUUUCUACUACACCGCCUAUGUGGCUCCCGAGAAGCGUGAUGAAAAUGCCGAGCAAUCUGAUGAAGAACUCGAGAAGCGUUUCUACUACACCCAUUAUGUGGCCCCCGAGAAGCGCGACGAGAAUCUUGAGAAACGUUUCUACUACACCCACUAUGUGGCCCCCGAGAAGCGUGACGAGAGCCUUGAGAAGCGUUUCUACUACACCGCCUAUGUGGCUCCCGAGAAGCGUGAUGAGGAAGCUACCAACAGCGUAUAA